GCCGUUUUCAUAACGUUAACGCGCCGUUUUUUGUGUGACCGUUUACUGGAGAUUAACUGGCCGUUAACGGGCCGUUUUUUUGGACCUGGGUACCAGUCGAUCGUACGGUUCAUUAUCAAUCUCCUGGUAUUCAAAGCUCAAAUAAUUUUUGGUGUGAUGACGCUACAAAUCAACCACAGCAACCACAUAUAAACAGACGUAUGCCUCAUUCUCCUCUUAUGUCACGUGUCGAUGAAGAUCAAAUGAUGCAGGUCACUAAUGUUUCAGAUCAAGAAAGAUAUUUUCAACCGCAGCAUCCAACGCUACCACUAGAAUACUAUCAAUAUCCGGAUGUUCAUUCAUCAAAUUAG